UGGCCCGACCCGCCGCGCGCCGCGUUAUAAGGCUCGGGCGGGCCCCGGGGCCGCCACUCACAGCCCUGUCAGCCCCAACGCAGCUCAGUCCGUCAUUCUGUCCGUCAGUGAGUCCGGCUCGGCGCGCGCGCGCCUGUCAGUCAGUCAGUCCACCGGUGACAGGAACAGCCGGGCAGCCCCGCACACACUCUCGCUCCCCUCACUCCCUUCACUCGCUCUCCCGCCCACAAAGUCGGGCCGUCGGUCUCAGUCUGUCAGUCCGUCCGGGCGCCCGGCGGCCAUGGCUCUGAGCGAGCCCAUCCUUCCGUCCUUCUCCACGUUCGCCAGCCCGUGCCGGGAGCGCGGCUUCCAGGAGGUGAGUGAGCGCCCCGCGCCCCCUCCGCUCCCCACCCUGAGUGCCCUCGACCCCACUCUCACCGGUCCUCUUCGUGUCUCCCUCCCGCAGCGCUGGCCCCGCACGGAACCCGAGCCCGGCGGCGCUGACGAGGACCUCAACAGCGUGCUCGACUUCAUCCUCUCCAUGGGCCUGGACGGCCUGGGCCCCGAGGGUGCCGCGGCCCCCGAGUCCUCGGCCGCCUUCUACCCGCCGCCACCCCCCGGCUGCUACCCGGAGCCCCCAGCGACCGCGGCCCCACCGCAGCAGCAGCAGCCGCCCCCCUACGGGCUGGCGGCGGCGCCCGAGCCCCAGCCGGCCCCGACCCCAGCCCCGGGCGCGCUCCAGGGCCGUUUCCUCCUGGCCCCGUCCGCCUUCGGGGCCUUCGCCGACGGCAUCAAGGCUGAGCCCGAGCUAGACGGCGGCGCCUUCGCGGCCGCCCUGGGCCGGCCACCGCGCUGCGUGAAGCGGGAGGGCGGCGGGGCCUGCAUGUUGGGUCCCGGGCCGGGCCCUGACACGCCCCCGCUCAGCCCCGACGGCCGCAGCCCGCUCCAAGACCACCCGCGGCUGGCCGCACCGCGCCCUUUCGGGCCCCCGGGCGCCUUCGGCCCAGCAGCCGGCGCCGCCGCCUUCCCCGGGCCACCCCCGCUGCACUAUCCUGCGGGCCCCUUCGGGCUCUUUGACGAGGGCUUGGGUUUGGGGGCUGCCGCCACAGGCCCGGCCGCCCGAGGGCUGCUCACACCUCCCUCUUCUCCUCUGGAGCUACUGGAGACCAAGCCCAAGCGCGGCCGGCGCUCGUGGCCCCGCAAGCGGACGGCCACGCACACGUGCAGCUACGCGGGCUGCGGGAAAACGUACACCAAGAGCUCACACCUCAAGGCGCACCUGCGCACGCACACAGGUGAGAAACCCUAUCACUGUAAUUGGGACGGCUGCGGUUGGAAGUUUGCCCGGUCAGAUGAGCUCACCCGGCACUACAGAAAACACACGGGACACCGGCCCUUCCAGUGUCACCUGUGCGACAGAGCCUUUUCCCGCUCAGACCACCUGGCCCUGCACAUGAAGAGGCAUAUGUAACUGGGGUCCAGCCCCGGCAAGCCUGUAGCUGGCACUACAAGCUGAGCCUUGAGCCAGGGACCUCUCGGAACUCCUUUCUCCCAGAAUGUGACUGGUAUUUAUUGGGCUUUUGUGAAAGGCUAGAGUCCAGCAGGACUGUACUUGUAUAUAGGGCAUUUUCCCUAACUGGACCCUGACCACAACCAUAAAAAGAGGUUUGUGCAUUGGAACUCCUGACGCUGACCCCAGUGGGACUGAGUGACUGUUCAAUCAGACAGUUUAUGGCCAAUCUCGAUAAAAGGCAUGGUUUGAGAAGAUUUCCUACUUCUUGACGAAUUUUGUAUUCAAAAUGGUGCAAUAGUAUUCUUACACUCUCAGCCAUGGUCUACACUAGUGCAGGGCUUGAUGCCUUGUAAGAAACAUAGCCUUAACUUUACUGCCUAAAAUGUUAAAUAAUGUAAAUAUUUGGCGAGUAUUGUAAUAAUGUAAAUAUAAGGACAAAUGGGCAUUUUUGCCUGUUUCUGUUUUAUAUGAAAAUGAUCUCUCAGUUUUUAAAAAAAAUAAUAAAAACAAAUGUUUUGCAUCUUUUAAAGAA